GUACCUCGUGAUUAUUGGUCAGAUAAUUUCAAUUUGGCUCACUUGCCGCCUGUAGUUGAAAAACUAGCUGCGCUAGGCGUGUCGGCCGGUGCUCCAGAUGAUAUCGACACUUCAAAUACGCCUGAUUAUGUACAAGGCGCAGCUCGGAUUCUGUAUUUUCUCGUACAUCAACGGUACGUUUUGUCGCCGAGAGGGCUGGAUACUGUUCGUCGGCGAUUCUUAUACAAGGCAGAGGUGGAUCCCAUCUUUGGGAAAUGUCCUGGAUUAGGCUGCAAUGGUAUGCCUCUCCUACCUUAUGGAGCUUCAAAUGAUUACAAUCCAUCAGGCUCACAGGAUUCUAGAGCCAAGCGCUACUGUGCAUCAUGUGAGCAAGUUUUCUAUCACUGGGAUUCGAAGGUCGAUGGAUGCGCAUGGGGAAACUCGUUUUGCCAUUUGUUUCUCAUGGAAUUCUACGACGAACUAUUUAGCUCAUGGAGGUCCGCAGCUCACGCACUGCCCACAGUAAAGAGUAUUUUUGGUUUUCCGUUGCACUCGAGUGCCACUGUUGCGUCCAAAUUUCAGCUAUGA